AUGGCCAAAGCACGGCGGUUCGUCCCCGUUGUGCUCAGGGUCGCCACCGCCGCCGCCGCCGGCGUCGCGGCGAUAGUCAUGGCCACGAGCCACCAGACGGCCACCGUCUUCGGCUUGGAGGUGCAGGCCAAGUUCCAGUACCUGCAGUCCUUGAUCUUCUUCGUUGUCGCCAACGUCGUCGCCUGCGCCUACAACCUCCUCGUCCUCGUCGUGCCGACGGCGCCGAGCCCCGCUGCGAAGCUGGUGCUCGUGGCCGACGCGAUGCUCGGCAUGUUGCUCACCGGCGCCGUAGCCGCGGCCGCUGCCACAUCGUCUAUCGGGAAGAACGGGAACAGCCUGCGCCGGCUGGCAGCCGAUCUGCGGGAUAAUGAGCACCUUCUGCGACCAUCCAAUGUUCUCGUCACCGUGAGCUGGCCAGGAUCGAUAUUUCAUUUGAUCGUAUAUCAAGCAAUCAGGAUUGCAGAAUCUCCUUUUGCAUUAACUAGCCAGGUGUAG